CUUCACCUAAUUCAAUAUGAAAACUGCAAAAAUGCUACGAGUACAAAGAGAAAAACUACUAAAAAAAAUGAAUUCUUGGCUGUAAUGGCAAUAUGCCGCCAUGCUCUACCUCUUGCAAUAGUUGCCUGGAUGCUACAGGUUUCUCAACCUACACUAACAAGAAUAUUCGAAGCUUGGGUGACAUUUGGAGAUGCUGUUUUCAGUAGCUUGGACCUCCAACCUUCGCAUGACCUGAUAACAUCAAGGAUGCCUACACAAUUCAAAUCUCUCGGUUUUGGUCACGUUGCACUUAUACUGGAUGCAACAGAAUUUCGCGUUGGCCGAUUUUCUGACUUGAACCUAAAUACAUUAUUUUUUUCUGAUUAUAAACAAUGUCACACUGUUAAAGCCUUAGUCUGUCUUUCUCCUCAUGGAGCUUUAUGUCAAGUGCCAGACUUAUACCCUGGCUCAAUAACCGACACCGACAUAACAACAAUUUCCGGAGCUUUGAACAAAUGCCAAGUUCUUGAUGGAGUUCUCACUGACAAAGGCUUUGCUAUUAGUGAAUUAGCAGCUGAAAAGGGAGCAGAACACAAUCGGCCUCCGAUGAAAUCUGCCAGUCAGUUCACAGAAGGCCAAUGUGAUGAAAAUUUUAAUAUUGCUUGCCUCAGGAUCCACGUGGAGCGAUGGUACUUUUUAUUAAACUUGCUUUACCUAUUAUUGAAAUACACAAGAUAGCAGAGGUUCUGUAACAUCAUUUUUAUCGCAUUUCUGACAGGAUUGGUUAUCUUAGAAACUUUCGGAUUCUAAAUACUGAGUGGCCAUGUGGCAGACUGGACUUGCUUAACAGCGUAUGGAGAUUCUUGGCUCAUAUUCAGGCUAUAUCAACACUUGUGAAACCGAAAGAAAACUGCCCGAAAGCGAUAUAAAACAACACAUUCAAAAAAAAAAAAAACAGUAAUUAUCACAAUUCACAAGGUUUAUGGUGUAAUCUAACAUGUACUGAAAUAGUGUUUUAUGUCCUCUAUUUGAGCACAUUGCCUGGUCGCUUGGGUGUACAUAGACCUCAGAUGGCGCAGCGAAGAAAAGUUUGGAAUUUGUCCAAAAUUGGCCAACCAUACUUUCUCAUGAAUGAGACUGAGGGGUUCCCAGCGAUCAGAUUCAGAUAUGGUUUUUCUAUUUUUAAUGCAAUUCAGCAGUUUUUGUGUUAUAUCCACUAAAUGGGCCAUGUAUGGUAUGGAAAAG